UCAAGGAAGAAAAAAAAAAUAAAACACUGUCAUGGCGGUUGAUGGGCGUAAACUUGGAGAAUCUGUUUAUAGAGGAUCUGACGAUUUUCACGAUUUUCCGUGUUCACCUUGCUCGAAGGAAGGAAGAGAUGUUGCUGCGGUGAAACACUGUGUAGACUGUGAUGAAAAUAUGUGUACAUCAUGUCUCAAGGAUCAUAACAAGUUUUCUGCUAUGAAAGGACAUCAGAUACUGGACAAGGUGCAACGAUCAGUUGGACGGAAACUACAGCUGCCGAACCAGAGAUGUACCAAACAUGGAGGAAGGUUGAUAGACGUCUACUGCCCUAUUCAUGACAGUAUCUGCUGUUCCACUUGUAUUGCUGUAGAACACAGCUCUUGUCCUGGAAUCAAAUUCAUACCUGAUGUUGCGAAAGGUAUCAGUAAAAGCAAAGAAUUUCAACAAUUUGAAGCGGAUAUGAAGAAUCUACAAUCCAGAUUUGUCUCUUUGAUACAGAGUGAAGAUGUGGAAUUACAAGCACUUCAACAAGAACAAGAAAGAAUAUGUAAGGAAAUAAGAACCCUUAGAAACAAAAUCAAUAAACACUUCGAUAAAAUGGAGGAAGAACUAUUGAACGAAGUUAAUACAAAAUUUAAGCAGCAUAAACAAAAGGUAGAAACCGACCGAGAAGAAACAGAUGGAGUCCUCAACGAAAUCAAAAGUCGAAGUCAUCAGUUAUACGAAUCGAGACACGGCAACGAAUCGGAACUGUUUGCUCUUCUCAAAACAGGACGAAAAAGGAUGAAGGAAAGCUGAGACAUUGCAGACAGACUAGAGAGAUCGCGGAAAGCAUGGAGAUUUGAAUUACAAACUGACAGGACUUUAUUUGAGAUUCUAAAUGAAAACCAAGGAAUGGCUCAUUUAGUAGAAAGUUUUGGCUCAGUCUCAGUGUCCUUUCUCGAUACGCAUGGUAUAAAAAUGAAAGAUGAUAAAUAUGAUUGUCGUGUCGUCAGUUUCUGCAUGACGGAUGAAGGUUAUAUCUUCCUCACCGACUAUGAGAACAAGAGAUUGAAAAAGCUGGACAAUACAUAUAGCAUUGUGUCAUAUUUAGAUCUUCCCGAUUCUCCGUCUGGAGUUUGUCGCAUUGGUGACGUGCGAUUCGCGGUUACUCUUACAAAUCAAAAGAAAGUCCAGUUUGUGCUUACUACAGAACCAAUGAAAUUGCAAACGUCAUUCAGUGUUGGUGAUCGCUGUCGAUCAAUAGCUCACAGCAAUGGAUUGUUGUAUGUCUGCUGUGGUGGAUAUGCAUUCAAAGAAGAAGGUCCUGGUCAUCUAGAAAUUUACAACAUUGAUGGCGGGUUGCUCAGAUCUUUUUUUGAUUCAUUGACAGUUCCAGCUUAUUUAGAUAUUUCCAACAAUGGUAGAGAGAUAUAUGUUUCUGAUCCAGCUAAGGGGCUUGUUGUCUUGGACAAAAACGGAAAACUCCUAAUUCAGUAUCAACAUGGAGAUAAAAAGGAAAUGCAUUGUAUCUGCAGAAUAACUGACAAUAAACUUUGUUGUGCUGUUUUUUCAUCUAACGAAAUCGUCAUGAUUGCAAAUGAUGGAAGGCAAAAGCAACAGAUUCUCACAGAGAAAGAUGGGUUAAAACAGCCAAGAGCAUUAUGUUACGACAGCAAGCAUUCGAGACUAAUUGUGUACAUGGAUGGAUUCCGAAAUGAAAUAAAAGUAUUCCAAUUGAAAAGUUAAUCUGCUCUGUAUAUAAACAAAUUACUGUAGCUUGAAGUGGAAACAUAUAUAAUUCGUGUAAAUAGCAGACUUUGAAUCUGUAAACAAUUGGAACAACAUUUGAAUUAUUACAUCCUUCUUUCCUUUACUACAUAUCUAAAUCAGAAGAUUUGCCCUGUUUAAGUAUUAUAUAUGCGUUGCUAUGUAACAUUGAUCAACUACGAGAGAUGUAGAUUCUAGCUUAAGUGUUAGGAAUCGACCUGUUGGCACUUGGGAGGCAAGCGGUUAAAGCCCUGCUCCGCGGCUAUUCAAAUUCUGUUGUGUGUAUGCAACCCAUGAUUACAAUAGAUAACAAACGCCACACUUUAGCACGCAAAACCACAGGUAUUUUAUAUAGAAUUUUAUAUAAAAUAGACUCUAUUUUGACAGGCGUCACUGUUCAUAGUCAGGAAUUUCAUGCUUUUUCAGUGACAGUUUAAGGUUAAAAGGUACGAUUGGAGCAGGUCUUUAUAUGCAUGAGAGAAUGUCUAUGUCUGUUCUCAAACCCAAAAUACUACAUAUGUAUUUUUUUGUGAAUGAAUGAUGAUUAAUUUUAUCUAAAUCACUAUG